AGCAGUGCUGUGCAGGGACAACCGUUGCUGACUUUCCGGUCUGAGCGCCAUGGGCUCCGCGCAGGCCUUCCUCUGCCUCGCCGUCGUGCUUGCCAUGGCGGCGGCCGCCGCCGCUCAAGCUAAGCAUUCGCAGUGCCUCGACAACCCGCCGGACCUGUCUCUGCGCGGCGGUGAGGCCGGCAAGGUCGUCAGCGACCUACCAGGGGGCUUCAGAGCCUACGUCACGGGCAAGGCCAAGUCCAGGCACGCCGUCGUUCUCGCCUCCGACGUCUUCGGAUUCGAGGCGCCUAUUCUCAGAAAGAUAGCUGAUAAAGUUGGUGAGGCUGGAUACUUCGUCAUGGUUCCAGAUUUCUUCAAUGGAGAUUUUUACGACACGAGUAAAAACAUUUCAGAGUGGAUCAAGUUUCACUCUCCGGUAAAAGCUGCCGAAGAUGCCAAACCACUCUUUGCUGCUUUGAAAAAGGAAGGAAAGUCCAUUGCUGUUGGAGGUUAUUGCUGGGGUGGAAAAUUUGGUGCCAAGGUGGCAAAAACUGACGAUAUAAAAGUAGUUUGCCUUUCUCAUCCUUCAACAGUGACUGCUGAUGAUAUGAAAGAGGUCAAAUGUCCAAUUGAGAUCCUUGGAGCUCAGAAUGACACAUCGACACCACCAAAACUAGUGUACCAGUUUGUGGAAGUUUUGCGUCAAAGAACACAGAUACCAUACUUCGCCAAGAUCUUUCCAGGAGUUGCACAUGGAUUUGCUUGCAGAUAUAAUACCACCGACCCUUUUGCCGUCAGAACGGCUGAAGAAGCUCUUGCUUACAUGCUUGACUGGUUCAACAAAUACUUGAAGUGAAGUCUACACAACAUUCCAAGGUUGUUCAGAUUGAUUGGAAGAGAAUAAUAUUUCUUGGCAAUCGCAUUGUAAACUUGCAGACAUUCCAUUGGAUGAAUAUUUAAUAUAUACAUAUUCUUCUGUCCUGCAUCA